UUAUUUUGGCUACCAUUUCACACUCGCAUUGUAUGCGGAGGAGGCCCGCGGAGAACAUUCCACAACAGCAAAGAGUCGGGCGGCACGAACAUCCUGAGGAAACAACAUUCACUUCCUGACAAAUUAAGCCAAGCCGAUGGCUGCUUGGAGUGAUAACUGGCUCACCACUGAGUGACUGAGGUAAAGCAACACCUUAUUAUCCGCUCCCGCCCACAGAUUCAGAUCUGUCCAGCACACACACAAACAGCGCCCUUUAAGCAGCCUGGUCACAAGUUUGCUAACGUCCAGUACAGUCAGCAGCUCAGAAGCCUCGGUGUUCCUCAGACAGGAUGGGCCUCCUGCUGCUGCUCACCUCCACGCUCCUGGCCAGCUACUUCCAGUCAGGGAAAGUGGUGAACGCACAACAAUUUUUCACAAUCGCAUCUGUCACCCUGUCCAUCGAGCCCCAAGCUGAUGUACCUCGAAACACCAAUGUGACCAUAAGAUGCAAGGCCAAGGUUUUCAUCUUAGGGUCGGAGGCGCUGACUCGUAGGUAUGUCAUAUACAAGGACAACAAAAUAGUCAACUCCAAGAACACCAGCUCGUCGGAGGACUAUCUGUAUCACUUGCUGAAUGCCAGAGUCUCCAACAAUGGCAAGUACAAGUGCCAGAUAAACAUCGACGACCAACACAUGACCAGUGAAACUGAAAAACUCACAGUGACAGGUCUGUCAAAGCCCGUUCUCCAUCUCACCAAGUCUGCGUUCAUUGAAGGGGAGGAGGUACUGGUCAGCUGUUCAGCACCUGAAGAGACUGGCUCGAUUUUAGUCUACUUCUAUGAUAACUCCAAAGAAAUCCUAGAGAUGCAGAUGAACUCCCACCCUGCAGAGGCCAAGAUUUCCCUCAUGGGUCCUGGCAUCCACGAGAUUCACUGUUCCUACACAGUCCACCUUAUGCCAGACUCUGUCAAGUCUGAGGAAAGCAACAGGAUCCCUGUUACAGUCAGAGAGUUUUCCAUCACCCCAGUUCUGGAGGUUUCCCCUAAGAACAAUAUCUAUGAAGGAGAUCCACUUACCAUCACCUGCACCAUCAGAAACUUUCUGCCGACCUCUCAAAGUAUCAACCUCAUCCUGAGUGAGGGCACCAGGAUGCUCGACCAUGGAGGCUCAAGCAUCAACCAUAACAUGACUGCACCUGCAUCAGUCACAAGCCUUACGUUUGAAUGCAUGCUGACUGUAAAGAAUGUAAAGAAAGUUGACACAAAGACUGUGUCGGUGGCAGAGCUUUUCUCCAGGCCCACUCUCACCAUGUCCCCUCCUGAAGUCUUUCGAAAUGAUCCCAUGAAGUUAAUCUGCAGAAGUGAGAAAGUUGCCACAGAGAAACUUGACAGGACAGAACUGACUUACACUCUUCAUUCACUCGAAAUGACUUUUCUUCCAAGAGACAGAUUGAAUACAGGAGUAUUUUCUAUCAAGGCUCCACUUAAUGAUUUUAACUGUACAUGUGUAGCUCAAGCAAGGAACAUCGAGAAAUCUAGUAAAAUCUUGGCUGUGCGUCCUAAAGUUCUUGUCUCGACUCCAACAAUCUCUGUUGAUGGACGGGUGAUCUUGGGACAGCCCUUUCAGAUCCGCUGUCAGUCGUUCAAUGGCAGCGUACCCAUUAUCUACACAUUGUAUAAAGAUCAAGAACAAAUAGACAAAACCACCAUCGAGGAGCCUGACGAGGGCGCUUUAUUUACCGUCAGCAUCAGCCGUACAGACGAGCUCAACGAGUACACCUGUAAGGCGAAUAACAAGGGCAGAGACGUUCUCGUCAGUAAAGCCCUCAAUGCUACUGUCAUAGUGCCUCUGAGCCAGGUGAUUCUGACCACGGUUCCUGACCUACAGGAGCUCUCUGAGGGGAGCAAUCUCCACCUCCUUUGUACUGUUAAAGGCACACCACCCAUCACCUUUAAAUGGUACCGUGUUGGUAAUUCACAGCCACUACAUACCACCACCUCCAAGAAGAACUACAAGUACCAUGAGGUCCCAGUGUUGACUAAACAAGACAGUGGCGAGUACUUCUGUGAAGCUUUCAACGCCGCCAACACCAGGGUCCAGAGCAAACCCAUCAACAUAGAAGUCCAUAUGGCGAUGUGGAAGAAGGCGCUGAUUGGGGGGACCGUUCUCCUGGUGGUGUCGGUACUGGUCUUGGUGGGGUGUGUGAUGUACUUCAAAUCCCGGAGAGUGAGGGUUGACGGGACCUCCAUCAGUGUGUGGAGCGAACGGAAACCAGAAGCAGACGAUGAUGAUGAGAACAGCUCUCUGUCCAACGAGCCGGAUGUGGAGUACACCGAGGUGGUGCAUCCCCGCUCUGCAGAUCCUGCCAGAGUUCCUCUGAAAAAAGGCACAGACACAGUUUACAGCGAGCUCCAAAACUCUUCUCAUGGUGCUGCUGACCAUCACGACUACGGUUCAAUAGAGUAUGCUGCCCUCAACACUGAACAAGCUGAGGUCCGUCAGUACCAUCCAGAGGUCCCCGACUACCCGGACCUGCCGGUGCCGGUGGAUUAAUGAAGAGUUCCCCCUCCUCUUCCACCGCGUACUGCUCAUUGUCAUUUCCACCAAAUACUUUACUAGUUUAGUUUAGUUUAAUUUAGUUUAGUUUAGUUUAGUUUAGUUUGCUGGUUUUUAUCAGGCAAUUAAUGCAGAAUUGUUGUACAUUUUGUUUAACAUUAAUAAAGUCCCACCAUGGACUUUAUUUUUACUUUAUCUGGACUGUUCAUGAUUUGCAGGUGAUAUGGUAGCUUCAAAUAAAUUUGAUUCACACAUUAUAAGAUGGAAGUUUCCCUCAUCAGUAACUACAGCUACAUAAACACUCAGCUUUCUUGGUAAAAUAAAGAAGAUUAAAGAGAAUAAAGAAUAAUUGGA